AUGGAUAAACUGGAUCGUUUGGUGGCUUAUAGCUGGGACGAGUCCAGGCAAUUUCGUUCAAGCUAUGGCGUAUGGCACGUUUUCGGUAUCAAGUACAUUGACCGUACUAUCUAUACGGAUCAUGCGCAGACCGCUCGCCUCCGAAAUGUCUCCCCUCCCGGCGAUUUGAGCGGUGCUUCGGUCCUACGUGGUCCAGGCGGGGAUAGCAACGCUGGGACCCCGGGAAAUGGGUCGGAGAAAGCGAUUGAAGUGGUGGCGCGGAUUGGUGAGAAUACGGUCCAGGAAGAAAUGUUGCAAGAGGAGUAUCAGACCCUGGCAUCCGUUGCCGCUUUCCACAGUCAAUAUUUCCUCCGGCCCGUGGAGAUGCAGCGCUUACCCACCCUCGACGAGGACCGUAAGUCAUCGCUUUUGGUCUGUAUUUACGAAAGCCCCGGUCCCAACGAUCUCCUGCGCUUCGUCGAUUGCGGCGCGAACUGGUACCAUACGCGUCCCGAAGGAGAUACGAGUGAUAACGAGAGCGAUGAUAUGAGUUCACAUCAAUCCGACGAGAGUGAGCUCAUGCCGUUGCAAACAUUUCUGGAUUUUGCCAUCGGCGCGGCGGAGUGCAUCAAAAUGCUGCAUAGCAAGCAGAUUGUUCACGGGCAGAUCCGGGGGGACGCAUUUCACUUUAGUCGAGAGACUGGCCGCGUGAGACUGAUCCAUCUUGGGUCGGGUCUGCGGUCCCACGACACCGGGCAGCUCAGCGCCGGCUGGCCCGAGCUGGCGAACCAGGACGUUGCCACGACGAGCAUCUACUUUAUGAGCCCCGAACAGACCAGGCAGACGCCGAUUCAACCCGACAAUCGCGCCGAUAUCUACUCCCUCGGCGUCCUGCUGUGGAGCGCCCUAGUUCGCGAGACUCCGUUCGGGGGCAAAUCUCCUAUAGAGAUCAUUCGGGAGGUUCUUGGAAAGGAGCUGCCAUCGGUAUCGACCUUGCGACCCGGCGUGCCGGAAAUCAUUGCUCGAAUUAUCGCCAAGGCGACGGCAAAGAACGCUUCAGAGCGGUACAACUCUGUUAGUGGUUUGCGACAUGACCUCGUGGAGGCGCGGAAGUUGCUAGCGGCGGGAGAUACGGCAGAAGCGGAAACCUGGGAGAUUGCUAGCAAGGAUGUUUCUCCGUUCUUCACGCUCCCGCGCACGAUGGUGGGCCGGACGACCGAGCGGGAUGACAUCGUCCAGAUCCUGGAUCGUACAUUCAGAAUGUACCAAAGAGGGAAAGAGGGUCACUUGUCGUCGGUGCCGGAGGACCAAUUUGCGAUGUUUGCCGUCCCUCCUACAUCAGGCGAUAACCUGGGGGAAAGGGAAGCCCGUGAAUUGACCGAUGGAUUUCCCAACUUGCCGGGUGCCACCAGCGUUCCCUCCGCUAGAAUGACACAGCCCUAUAUAGCGAAUACGAGCCGCGUGCGUUCCCCCGGAGGUUCGCAAUGCGGCUCGAGCGAUGGCAGCGGCGAGGCCAGUCCCGUCGCCUUAGACGGGAAAGGGGCAGAGAAACGAUUUUCGGCUUCGUCGAUCGACACCAGCAGUGGCGACGGAAGCUCCCGAUCUAGUACCGAGGCCGGAAAGACGGCUGUGCAUCGCAUGAUGGCGCUGAAAGGACGGUGCGAGGUUAUCAGCAUUGAGGGAGGGGCUGGUUUGGGCAAGACUCGACUGAUCUCGUCGGUGCAGAUUGAAGCCCGGCGCAGAGGCUUUUUUGCCAGCUCCCGCUUUGAUCUCGCAACGAAAGAACGUCAGCGUCCGGUUCUGCACCUGUUUUCCAGCCUGUUCGAGCAAGCCUUUUCAGAAAAUGCGAUUGAGCCUAGUUUCCUGCCGAUGCUGCGGAACCAUAUCGGGUCAGCGUGGGACACUCUGCACAAGGUUUUAGGUCUUCCUAAAUUCCUCCUCGGAUCUGGCCCCGACGCGCCAGGGCAGGUGCCAAACACUGCUGCUCGUUCGUCCACGUCAUUGCCCUUCCGGCAUCCUCCUCCUGAAACUACUGGAACAGAGAGUUCCCAGGAAUUCCUUCGAGCCGGAUCCUCGACCAAGUCUUUGCCUCUUGUGCGAACGUUGCUAGAUAUCCUACGAGCCUUCACGCAAUACAAGUUGGUGUGUCUUUGCCUGGACGAUGUCCAUUUGGCCGACGAUGAGUCGUUGGAACUCAUUGCCCAGAUUGUCUCGGCUAGAAUCAGAAUGGUGGUGGUCUUGGCCUACCGACCCGAAAAUGCUGCAUCUGAAAAGGUGAAGCAGAUUCUUCACCUCUCUUCCAAUAAAGGAAGAGAUUUAGGUAUUAACGUCAUCACCCUCUCUCCGCUCAGUGAAGACAGCGUGAUGCAAUAUGUGGCAAGCACAUUAUGUUUGCCUGUCCCUGUUAUCUUGCCGCUGGGGGCGCUCAUUCAAUCCAGGACUAGUGGAAAUCCCUUUUACGUCCGUGAAAUGUUGAACCAUUGCUUUGAACAUGAAUUCAUCAGCUUUGAUUUUCAGGAAGGGCUGUGGUCGUUUGAUCUGAGCCGUAUCACCGAACAUUUCAAGGUGGACAUCUACAACGACGCCAUCUUCGACGACUUCUUAAAUAGACGCCUGAGUAGCUUAUCGCCAGUCUCCAAGUCAAUACUGGCCUGGGCAUCCCUUUUGGGCAUGAGCUUCUCGUUUCAGCUGGUCCAGAGACUUCUCAACAGCGAUGAGAUCGUUCCCGAGUCUGGCUUAUCUGAGCGGGAGAUGAUUCAAGGUCUGCAGGCGACCAUGCAAGCCUACAUUAUUGUGCCCACGCAGGAUCAUGACAUCUUUUCCUUUACAUAUAACCACUACAUGCACAUGGCAGCAUCAUUCCACACGAAAGAUCAAAACCAUGUGAAUUUUGUCAAAGCACAAGUGUUGUUUCGGUAUUACUCCCACGACGACAAAUAUCGCAACAUGCUGGCAUCGGCCAUUGUCGAAUCAGCACCGAUGAUCAAAGCCUGCGUGGCAAAAACAAGGCCUUUCAGAAAGUUUUUGUUCGACUAUGCGAAAGCUGCAAGUGAGACCGGUUUCCGCUCGACCGCUAUCAAUUCUUACACAAGUUGCAUUCUCCUACUUCAGGAGGACAUGUGGAACGAGGGCGCUGAAGAUGUGAGCUACGACGAGACGCUGCAGAUAUUUACCUCCGCAGCAGAAAGCUACUUGUACCAGGGACAGCAUGCCGAAGCUGGACGCUUACUGGACUCCAUGCUCUCCAAUGCUCGAAGUCCAGUGGACAAGGCUCCAUCCUGGAUCUUGCAGUCUCGCAUGCUUGCACAACUGGGUAACUCCACCGGUGCUUUCCAGGCGUUGAAAGAAUGUCUCAUGACUCUGGACAUCACAAUUGAUGAUGAUCCGAGCUUUUUCAAAUGCGACAUAGAGUUCCGUCGGCUAUGCGAGGCCAUUUCUGCUAUUCUGCCCGAGGCCAUCAUUGACAAGGGCUCUGUUGAGCAUCCCACCUUGGCUGCUGUCGGUGCAGUUCUUGUCGAGGCCACUAGCGCGGCUUUCUGGUCCGACACGCUGACAUUCUAUCAAAUGACGCUGGUCAUGGUUGAGACCUAUCUCUCUCGUGGCUCCUUCCCACAGGCGGGCAUUGGACUAUUGCAAUUGGCUGUGAUAGCGAUCACUCGGCAUAAUGCAAUUUCUUUCGCAAGUCAUUGUUCAGAGCUUGCCCUGGCUUUAAUUAAACAAUGUAACGACCCGCGUACCACGGGACGUGGCAUCGUUUUAUAUUCAACCUUUGUCGAUCACAUUCAACAUCAUGUCCAGUCCUCAAUCUCUCGGUUGGAAGGAGCUUUGGAUUUCUCAAUCCACGCCGGUGACCGAAUUGCGACCAUCUUGAACUACGGGCUACUGGCCACCAUGAAGUUUUUUGUCUCCGACAACCUAGCCGAGGUCGAAAGCUUCUGUGUCUACAGUUGUCAGGACAUUCCCAGCUGGCGGUCGGAUACUCCCGGCGGUACAAUCCUCAUUACGAUCUGCCAGCUCUGCCGUUCUUUGCAAGGCAAAACAUACACGCAUGACUCGAUGGGGGUGAUGAGCGACGAGGACCACAAUUCAGCCGCUUACAAGUAUUGGCUAGUGAGCACCAUCAACAACAGCGACCGGCCACUGAUGCUCUACGAGAGCAUGGAAAUUGCCCCAUUAUUUCUGUAUGGUCACUACGAGCGAGCGGUUGCGCUGGGGAAUUCUUGUCUCAAGAAAGUCAAUGCCAUUUGGUCCACACGAAACACGCGAUUCCUGAUGUUCUUCCAUUCCCUCUCUUUAGCCGGAUGCGUGUGGAUCCAGAAGCAGCAGCAAUACAACCCCGCGUAUCGUGCAAGCUCCCCUCACCUGGCAUCCGAUAUCAAUGGGCGGUCUUUUGAGCCAGCUUUCGAGGAAGAGAUGACCAACAUGGCCAGAAUGUUGAAGUAUUUCAAGCGUAAGAUUGAACAGUGGCAGGUCGUCACAGAUGUGAACUAUUUGGCUUGGACUAAGAUCUUGGGCGCUCAAAUCGCCGAGAUGGAGCAUGACCAAAUGACUGCUUUGUGUCUCUACCAAGAGGCAUUGGACCACGCUUCGAUGCAUGGGUUUGGUUUCGAGGAAGCUCUAGCCAACCAUUUGUUAGCUGAACAUCUGAUGCGGGAGGGCUCUUUGCGACUGGGCACACUUGCUCUAAAAGAAGCAGUUAGUCUCUACCAGCGAAUUGGGGCCAUUGGGGUGGCUGAUCACAUUCUGCAUGUCCACGAUCUGAAGCAGAAGACAAUGGGCGUGGCACGGGAGGCCGCUACUCAGACCGAACCAGACGAGGGUGUCGUACGACCUCGCCCUCAAGUAUCCGAUUCUGGCGACGAUGGAAAAUCGAACCCAGAAAAGUCCGUGGCAGAGCGUACGCUACACAUUUUAGAUCUCACCUCCAUCCUUGAACGGUCACAGGUGAUAUCUAGCGUUCUCAAGGUUGACGAGCUCCUCCAGACAAUGUGCAAAAUUGUUAUGGAGAGCUGUCACGGCAUUGCUACUGUGGCGGCCAUCAUCACCAAAGAGGACCCAUCUAUCGGAUGGGCCGUGGCAGUCAGUGGUGACGCAGCUGGACACAUCAAGUUACAUCAAUCUCCGACACCGAUUGGACACUCCAUUCUUGUCGCAGAAAACAUCGUGAAUUACUGCGUGCGCUUUCGUGAAGCACCGUACUUGCCGGACAUCUUGCAAGAUCCGCGAUUUAGCUACAUUAGCGAAGCAUGGGUGGCCCAGAACCCGGCUAGUAAAUCGGUCGUGGCCUUUCCCAUUUCUCACGGUGGCGAUGAGAGCGAACCACUUGCGGUCCUGUAUCUGGAAGGGCCACCGAACGCGUUCUCGCAUCUCAAUCGUGUUGUGCUACAGCUGCUCGUCGUCCAGCUCGGAAUCAGCUAUUUCAAUGCGCUAACCCUCAAGGAAGUCGAACGGGUAUCCACCAUCAACCAAUCCAUGGUAAACGUGCAGAAGGAGGCCCUGGCGGAAGCGAUGGCGGCCGAGCAAAAGGCGAACACUGCUAAGGCGGAGGCUCUGCAUCAUGCCCGGUUGGCCGAAGAGGCCGCCAAGGCUAAAAGCAGCUUUCUUGCCAAUAUAUCUCAUGAGCUACGAACGCCACUCAAUGGGGUUAUUGGCAACUCAGAGCUUCUUCUCGGCAGUCCACUCCCGGAGCAUCAAUUAGAAAUGGCGGGCUCGAUUCGCACGUCUGCGAACCUUCUUCUCACCGUGAUCAAUGACAUCCUCGACUUCUCCAAGAUCGAAGCGAACAAGGUGCAGUUGCAUAUUGUCUCCUUUGAUGUUGACAAGAUGAUUCGGGAAGUUGUUCGUUCGAUGUCAACCGACUUCAGGAAUAAGGGACGAUCCAACAAUGUCUGCAUUAUCCAGGAUUUCCAACUGCCCCAAUCCCGCGUAUAUGGCGACCCCAUGCGUCUGCAGCAGAUUCUAGGCAACUUAAUCGGCAACAGCCUGAAGUUCACUGAAACCGGGUCCAUCACGAUAGGAUCCAAGGCGGACGAUGAAACCGAAGACUCGGUUCAUCUCUCCUUCUGGGUGACGGACACGGGCAUUGGAAUUCCCGAACGACUCGUACAGCACCUGUUCAAGCCGUUCACCCAAGCCGAUGCCAGUACCGCGCGCCGCUUCGGAGGCAGUGGCUUGGGUCUCAGUAUUUGCAAAUCUCUCAUAGAGAUGAUGGGGGGCACCAUCGAACUGAAGAGCGCCGAAGACGUCGGCACGACCGUUUCUUUCUCAAUCACCUUGCCGAAGGUCAAUCACGGUGGCUCGGGGACUGUUACUCCAGCAGAAUCCAUCGACACUUCACUGGGUCUGCUCGAUAAAGCAGACCUGAGUUUUACGGAUCUGUCUCAAAUCCCUCUCUCCGACGUCCGCGUCUGUAUCGCGGAGGAUAACCUCAUCAACCAGAAAAUCACGGUGCAGUACCUCAUAAAGCUAGGGUUCACCCAAGUAGAUGCCUAUAACAACGGCCUAGAAGCCGUGGAGGGCAUCCAGAAGGCGGCCAGUGGAGAGAAACCAUACCACAUGAUCUUGAUGGAUGUUCAAAUGCCUGUUAUGGAUGGAUAUGUUGCCACCCGCCGUCUUCGCCAGGAUCCUGUGGAUGCUGUGAGGUGUAUUCUGAUUAUCGCUCUCACAGCCUCGGCGAUCCAGGGUGAUCGGGAGAAGUGCCUGGAAUCCGGGAUGAAUGAUUAUCUGGCGAAACCGGUUCUUUUGGCGGCACUGAAGAAGAAGUUUGAUAAAUACCUACAGAUCAAAUGA